AUGAUGAUUUCCAGAGUAGUAACUCAUUACGAAAGAGCCGUCAUAUUUCGUCUCGGCCGUCUAGUGUCUGCCGCUGCUCAGGGUCCAGGACUUAUUUUUAUCUUGCCAUGUCUUGAUUGUCAUCGAGUGGUGGAUUUGCGAACAUUCACUUUUGAUGUGCCUACACAGGAGGUUCUGACAAAGGAUAGUGUGACAGUUGCCGUGAAUGCAGUCGUCUAUUACAGAGUCAGGGACCCUGUUCGCGCUGUGGUAAAUGUUGAAGAUGCAAAUCGAUCAACUCGUCUAUUGGGCCAAACAACAUUACGCAACGUGCUAGGGACAGUCAGUUUAGACCAGUUAUUAACUGCCAGAGAGGAUAUUGCAGCACUCAUGCAGGUAAAACUGCUUGCCAUUUAUCCAAAAAUAUUGAUACUGAAUGCCUGA